AUGGGGUUUGUUGAAAAGACGAAGGAGCUGUGGGAAUUGUUUUAUGAGAAAUACUUAGUGAUGACUGUUGUUAUCACCGUAUUCCUUUUAACGGGUACGGCCACAACUAUUUUGUCGAAGACUGCGUAUCAAUUAGAAGGUGAAGGUGUUGAUGGGGAUAUCCACAAAUUUGAGAAACCCUUGUUUUUGAAUUGGGCGAUGUUUUUAGGGAUGACGUUAUGUCUCUUUAUCUAUUUCUUCCAGUUCUACGUUCUCCCUUUAUUCAAGAAAACUGAGACUAAGAAGGAGUCGAUGAAUUGGAAGGGAUAUUUAUUAAUGUUAAUUCCGGCAUUUUGCGACUUUUUGGCGACUUAUUUGAUGAACUUUGGACUCAUUUGGGUCUCCUCGAGUAUCUUCCAAAUGAUGAGAGGGUCGAUCAUAGUGUUCACUGCUAUUUUGGCUGUUUUCUAUCGGAAGCAGAAGAUGUACAUGUUUGAGAUUAUAGGCGUCCUUAUCAUCGUCGUGUCUCUCUGUCUUAUUGGAACAGCUGCGUUUUGUCCCGGUGCACAACCAGACACAAGUUCGAACUCUUCAAGUUCAGGAAGUAAUGACACAUAUGAUUGGUACUUCACAUUGAUUGGUAUUGUACUGAUCUUGGCUGCGCAGUUCUUACAAGCCUUCCAGACUAUAUUAGAAGAACAGUUCUUGCAUGAUAUUAAAGCUCCAGUUACUUUCAUAGUUGGGCUUGAAGGAUUAUAUGGACUGAUUAUAUGUUCUAUUAUGAUGCCUAUUAUGGGGAUGUCUUGGGUGCCCGAAGUCAUUGCAGAAGACACUAAAGACACCUUCGUUAUGUUAGGUAACACACUCUCUUUAUCGUUAAUCACUGUCGGAUAUGUCAUCUCUAUUUUAAUGUUCAACUACUCUGGAAUGAUGAUUACAGACUAUGUCAAUGCAAUGGUCAGAAAUGUGAUGGAACCAAUGAGAAUGAUUACCAUUUGGAUCUGUUCCGUGUUCUUGUAUUAUGUCGUCGACCCAAAAAUUGGAGAGAAGGUCGGUUGGUUCACUUUCAUCGAAGUCUUUGGUUUCAUCUUUUUGACGGGAGGCUUCUUGUUAUACACACGUGUCAUUAAGAUCCAAAAAUUAUUCAAAUAUCCUCCACCAGAGCCAGAAAAGGAAGAAGGAAAAGACGACGAAGUACCCAAAGGUGAUGAGGAGAGUCCAGAAUAUGAUGAAAAGGAGCCACUGAUUUGA